GUGGCACUGGUUUGUCCUGUGGAGGUUGACAGUGGUCUGGCGUUCAGGUUCGACACGCUGUGGUCGGAUCAAGUUUUGUUGUAGCUACCUGGAGAAGGACUGAAGGUGAAGCGCGUCUUCGUUCGGUCUCAAAAAACACUCUCGGUUUUCACUUUUUGCUGUGAUAUUAAUGGAAAAGUAGUGGGACAACAAACUUUGACAGCGGAUAAAUAAUUAACCUGACAAGUCAAACCGCAGUUUACAGAAGAGGUGACAUGGCGAGCUCGGCCAAGUAGUAGCGGAGUGCGCCAACCGCCCGCCUGAAAUCCAGGCCUACAGGUGUUUGCGCUAUUUCAUGUCAUUUGACCGGGAUACACUGUACUGUAGUCAUGCUUGGAGCGGAGAGCAGACUGGAAAGCCGGCUAAAGAAGCUGGAGUCCUCGAUGAGGAAUCCACAGGCGGCACUAAACCUGCAAAGCUUACUGGAUUCCAUGAGCGCAUUGGCCCAUGAUUUGAACUAUCCUGCCCUGCGGAAAAACAAAAACAUCGAGGCAUUUCUGAACAGAUAUGAGAAGGCGGUGGAUGAGCUACGAGAACUGCAUGUGAAGCUUGAAGACUUUGAGAAAGUGAAGUUGAUCGGGAGAGGAGCUUAUGGAGAAGUGCAGCUGGUCCGUCACAAGGGCUCUCGGCAAGUUUACGCCAUGAAACAGCUCAACAAGUUUGAAAUGAUCAAGCGCUCAGACUCUGCCUUCUUCUGGGAGGAGAGACACAUCAUGGCAUUUUCAAACAGCCCCUGGGUCGUCCAGCUGUGCUGUGCUUUCCAAGAUGACCGGCACCUCUACAUGGUGAUGGAGUUCAUGCCUGGAGGUGACCUGGUCACACUCACCAUGAACUACGACAUACCGGAAAAGUGGGCUCGCUUCUAUACUGCUGAGGUAGUUCUGGCGCUGGAUGCCAUCCACUCCAUGGGCUUCAUCCAUCGUGACAUUAAGCCUGACAACAUGUUGCUAGACCAAAACGGACACCUCAAACUGGCUGACUUUGGCACAUGCAUGAAGAUGGACUCGAAGGGCAUGGUGCACUGUGACACAGCUGUAGGCACACCAGACUACAUCUCCCCUGAGGUGCUCCAGUCCCAGGGUGGUGACGGUUUCUACGGCCGGGAGUGUGACUGGUGGGCUGUAGGAGUAUUUAUCUAUGAGUUGCUGGUUGGUGAAACUCCCUUUUAUGCUGAGUCCUUGGUCGGAACAUAUGGGAAGAUCAUGAACCACAAAAGCUCCCUUGUCUUCCCAGAUGAUGUAGAGAUGUCUCAGGAUGCCAAGGACCUCAUCUGUGCCUUUCUUACAGACAGGCAGACUCGUCUAGGCCGCACCGCAGUGGAUGAGAUCAAACGCCACCCCUUCUUCAAGAACGACCAGUGGACCUUUGACAACAUCCGAGAGACUGUAGCCCCAGUUGUGCCAGAGCUGAACAGUGACAUAGACACCAGUAACUUUGAUGAUAUAGAGGAUGAUAAAGGAAAGGCUGAGACCUUUCCUCCACCCAAAGCCUUUGUGGGCAACCAGCUGCCAUUUGUCGGCUUCACUUACUUCAAGGACGACCAGCUACUGACGGAAAAUAACAGCUGCUUUGUGGAGAAUUUAAAGGAUUGUAAAGAAAACUCUGAGGAAAAGAGGAAUUGCUCAGACAGUAAGAAAGAGUUGCAGGAAAAGCUUAAUCAGCUGGAGGAGCAGCUCAACCAUGAGAUGCAGACCAAAGAUGAGCUGGAACAGAAGUGCAAAAAUGCCACCAACCGUUUAGACAAGCUGGCUAAAGAAUUGGAUAAUGAGAUGAGUAGCAGACAGAGAGUCGAGGCCUCGCUGAGGCAGCUGGAGAGAGAGCGAGCUCUGCUGCAGCACCAGAGCGCUGAGAGUUUGCGCAAGGUGGAGAUCGAGGCAGACAGAAAACGUAGCCUGGAGAAUGAAUUGAACACCCUGAGGGACCAGCUAGAAGAUCUGAGGAAGAGGAACCAGAGUUCCCAGAUCUCCAAUGAGAAGAACAUCGAGCUGCAGAAACAGCUCGAGGAGGCCAAUGCUCUACUUCAGGCUGAGCAGGAAGUGGUAGAGAAGCUGAAGAAGAGUCAAGCAGAGAUGCAGAAGCAUGCUCAGAGCCUGGAGGUCAGCCUCAGGGAGAUGCAGGAAAAGUGCAGCCAGCUGGAAAACAGCAAAAUGGAGCUGGAGACGCAGCUGAUGGGGCUGCAGGCCGAGCUGGAGGAGGAGAGAAGAGACUGCACCCUCAAGACAGAAACUAUUACUGACCUGCAGGGACGUAUUUCUGGGCUUGAAGAGGAGUUGAAAGAGGUGAAAUCAUCUCUUUCUGAAGUCCAGAAUGAAAAAAAGCGGCUACAGGAGAAGCUCAGUGACCUCGAGAAGGAAAAGAGCAACCAAGAGAUCAACCUAACAUUCAAGCUGAAGUCACUCCAGCAGAGUCUGGAGCAAGAGGAGGCCGAACACAAGGGCUCCAAGGCCAAGCUCGCUGAUAAGAAGAAGAUCUACCAGUCCAUUGAGGAGGCCAAAUCUGAGGCCUUAAAAGAGAUGGAGAGCACACUGCAGGAGGAGCGCAGCUUAAAGCUACAGCUGGAGGGAAAGCUGCUGCAGCUAGAGAAGGACCAUUCCAUGUUGGACUGCGAUUACAAGCAGGCGCAGCACAAACUGGAUGAGCUGCAGGCGCAAAAGGAGAAACUUUCCGAAGAGGUCAAAAACCUUACCUUGCGUGUGGAGCAGGAGAUCCAAAAGCGGACUCUGAGCCAGAGUGACCUCAAGGUGCAGAAUCAGCAAGUGUCAGUGCUCCGCUCCUCAGAGAAACAGCUCAAACAGGAGCUCAACCACCUGCUGGACAUGAAGCAGGUCCUGGAGAAACAGAACCAGGAGCUUCGCAGGGAGAAACAGGAGGCUGACGGCCAGCUGAAAGAACUGAAGGACCAAUUGGAGGCAGAGCAGUAUUUCACAACACUUUACAAGACGCAGAUCCGUGAGCUGAAGGACGAGUGUAAUGAGAGGAAUAAGCUCUACAAAGAGGCACAGCAACAGCUGGCAGAAUAUCAGGAGGAGAGGGGGUCACUGACAGCUCAGCUGGAAGCUAGUUUGACAAAGGCAGACUCUGAGCAGCUGGCUCGCUCCAUCGCUGAGGAGCAGUUCUCCGAUCUGGAGAAGGAGAAGAUCAUGAAGGAGCUCGAGAUCAAAGACAUGAUGGCGAGACACAAACAGGAGCUCGGCGACAAGGAGGCCACCAUCAACUCGCUGGAGGAAUCCAAUCGCACUCUGACGGCGGAUGUAGCCAACUUGGCCAAUGAGAAAGAAGAGCUCAACAACCAGCUGAAAGAGAUGCAGCAAAAGUUUCACAUGGCCAAGGAGGAGGAGAAGCAAAUGAAUUCACUCAAACUGUCCUAUGAAAAGCAGCUGCAGAAUGAAAGGACACUAAAAAUUCAGGCUGUCAACAAACUGGCUGAAGUGAUGAACAGGAGGGAGUCUGUGCGGGGAGCUCACCGAACCAUCGACACUGAAGUGCACAGGAAGGAGAAGGAGAACAGGAAGCUGCAGCUGGAGCUGAGAGCCGAGAAGGAGAAAUUCAAUAGCACCAUCAUCAAAUACCAAAGAGAGCUGACGGAGAUGCAGGCGCUGAUAGCAGAGGAGAACCAGGUGCGUCUGGAGCUUCAGCUGGCGUUGGACAGUAAAGACAGCGACAUCGAGCAGCUGCGGUGCCAGCUCACCUCCCUCAGCGUUCAUUCUCUGGACUCCACCAGCAUCAGCAGUGGCAACGACUUGGACACGGGUGAAGGAUAUCCAGACUCCAGGCUGGAGGGUUGGAUUUCACUUCCUAGCAAGAACACAAAGCGGUUUGGCUGGGACAAAAAAUAUGUAGUGGUGAGCAGUAAGAAGAUCCUGUUCUACAACAGUGAAUUGGACAGAGAGCAGGCCAACCCUUUCAUGACCCUGGACAUUGAUAAAGUGUUUCAUGUCCGUCCUGUGACUCACACUGAUGUGUACCGUGCAGAUCCCAAAGAGGUUCCAAAGAUAUUCCAGAUUCUGUAUGCCAAUGAAGGCGAGAACAAACGCGAACAAGAGGUUGUAGUGGAGCCCACGCCGUAUGGUGAUCGCCCCUCCUACAUCAGCCACAAGGGCCACGAGUUCAUCCCCACUCUCUAUCAUUUCCCCUCCAGCUGUGAGGCCUGCACUCGGCCCUUGUGGAACGUCUUCAAGCCCCCGCCGGCCCUCGAGUGCCGCCGCUGCCACACCAAGUGCCACAAAGACCACCUGGACAGAAAAGAGGAAGUUAUUGUGCCCUGCAAGGUGAACUAUGAUAUGUCCACUGCCAAAGACCUGCUUGUAUUGACCAGCUCUCAGGGGGAGCAGCAGCACUGGGUCAGUCUCCUCCUCAAACGCAUCCCAAGGAAACACCCAACGAGUCCUCCCUCUGCAGCACCCAACACCUCUCCUGACCCACUGCUCUCGUCUCCACGAAUCUCACCACGACCGUCGCCCAGGGGUUCACCUCUUAUGUCGGGCCAUCGAGGAGCCAUCAAGAUGCAGUCCAACAGACAGCAGCAGUCAUCGGGGAAGACCAGUUAACCCUGGCUGAUUAAAGAUGUGUUUUCAUCUUUGUGGACUAAUGACCACGGUCGGAGGACGCAGUGCUACAUGUGUAAUUAUUUCAGGGAACUAGACUGAAAACAUAAAAAAACACUAAUCAUGUCCUUUAGCCAAAGAAAAUUAAAAAAAAAAAAUCAGCUCAUUGCUUUGUGAUUAAAACACAUGGACAUUUUGGACAUCAGAUGCAGUGACAUGGAUUUAUAUUUGUGAAGUGUUAAGCAUGUGUGUGUGGACAUUUGUAUAUACUGUAGGAUUAAGAGGUUUGUCUGUGUGUUGUUAACAGAAAGUGUAGCUCAUAGUAUAUGAUAGUUUUAUUUUUAUGGCUAUAACACAACAACAUAUUAUACAGUAGGCUAAACUUGUCUUGUAAAUGUAUGAUUACAGUUUAAAAAUUGGAUAUGUUACACAAUAAUGUGAAGAGAAAUAGUAUUUUCUUCUUGCCAGUCAUGCCAAAUUCAAAUAAAUUGUUACCCUGAAAA